AUGAUUAUUGCUCGAUGUUGGCUGGAAAAAUUAUUUAAAUGUGUUUAUGGAUGUGCCUAUUUUGAUAGAAAUAUAUUUAAUCCAGAAAUGAUUGAUAUUUUAUUCGAUAACGACAAAACAAUUCCUCUUAAAUUUCAACUUCAACAAGCAAAUUUAUAUGCUAAUAAUGAAAUAUUUGAAAAUGUUUUGAUAUUUUCUUUAAAUCAUUUAUCAGUCUCUGAAUCCCUCAAUAUUGACUUUAAAGAUGUUAACAUUACAGGGGAACGUACAAAUAUUUUAUUAAAUAUUUUAAUAAAGGGAGGAAAUAAAUUCCCAAAAAUUCGUUUUGAAUUCUUCAAAUUAAGAAAGCUUUAUGAUCUUCUUAUAAAAUAUAUAACAUCUAAAGACUGUUCAAAAAUAGUGCCUAAUAUUUGUUUGGGUUAUACUAGACCAAGAAAUCUUAAAUUAGGUGAAAUAGCAAAAGAAGUUAAAAAAUCAAAUGAUCUAAAAUCUACCAGUUAUCUAAUUUCCAACAUUUACAAUCCAAAAACGAAAUUUUAUUUGUAUUUUGAAGAAAAGAAAAAAGUUGGAGAUAUUCAUACUUUAAGAAUAAUAAAAGAAUAA